AUGACCAUAAAAAUUUUGAAUACUAAAGAAUAGUAUAAAGCAAAUAUAUAAUCAAAGGUAAAUGAUAGCUUAUUUUUUGAACAUGAUGAAUCAAUAAUAGAUGAGGUGAGCCCAGAUAGAUUUUAUAGAAAUAGCUAGAUUAAACCAUUUAUGAGAAAUCUAACUCAAAAAUAAGAAUUGACCGAUGAGAAAAUGCUUUAAAACGUAGAGAGCAAGUAAGAUAACGUUGAUGGGUAAAUUAUUGGAAUCGAAUAAGAAAUGGAGGUUUAAUCUGUUCAUUUUGAAAGUGAGGAGAUCUAACAAAGAUAAAGAAAUAUAGUUACUGAUUUAAAUUUCAAUUAUUCAGCUAACGCCUAAGAUGAUCAUCCAAAUUUAGAAAGUCCUUAGAUAUCAAUGAAAAUAGAUUUAGAAAAAUUUUAAAAUAGAGGAUAUGGAGCAUUCAAUUUAGGUAUUCAGAAAAAUAUUGCUCAAGCACAGGUAACAGUAAAUUAGCAUAGAAAAAGAAAUAGAAGGUAAUAAUUUCAAUCAAGAAAAUAGGCUUUGGAUGAUAUUUGA